CGAAGGCCCUAGACCGGCGUGCUUUGCGCUUGCCGGGCCCGGCGCGGGAGUCUCGCUUUCCAAGGGUUCUGCAGAGCCACUGAGGCCGUUGUCAAGCACCUGCCUGGCAGAUGGAGAAUUGAUGCUGUGAAGCCCCCAGGUGGUCUGACGCUGGAGCCCACACUGAGUCACGAUGCAGUGUUAGCUUCAGUUUUCCACGGUGUGGCCCCGAGGCUGCUCGGUCUGUAACCUGACAGAAUCACCGGCUGACUUCUCUUAUUCUUGGCCCAGUUAUCCGCAGAGACAAUACUCAUGGCUGGUCCUUUGUGGAGGGCUACAGCCUUUAUACAGAGACACAGGACAGGACUGUUGGUGGGGUCCUGUGCGGGCCUGUUUGGGGUUCAAAUCUCAUUUCACCUCUUCUCGGAUCCCAUAGUCCAAUGGCUCUACCAGUACUGGCCUCAGGGCCAGCCGGCUCCUCUUGCCCCUCAGCUGCAGAGCCUCUUCCAGGAGGUGCUACAGGACAUGGGUGUCCCCUCAAGUCAUCACUACAAGCCUUUCACCGCCUUUACUUUUCAGCCUGUGAGUGCUGGCUUCCCAAGAUUUCCUACCGGGGCCAUGGUGGGAAUCCCUGCCAUCUUCCUGGGUGGCUCUGUGACCACCAUUGACCAUACUGUGAUCAUACAUGGGCAAAGAGUGAAUUGGCAAAGCCCAGCAGGUGCCAGGCUGAGAGACGCCCUGACCCUGUCUCAGAAUGCUCAGAAGUUUGCCUUAGCCAAAGAGGUGGUAUACCUGGAGAGCAAUGCGGCUACCCUACAGGCCCUGCCAGCCCCAGCUUGCCUCGCAGGAACCUGGGUACUCAGUGUGGGUAUCAAGCAUGCCCUGGGGCUGUAUAGAGGCCCCCUGGGCUUUCGAGCUGCCUUCAGCUUGGUGGCAGUAGUGGCAGGCUAUGUGGUCUACGCCUUCUGCAAGGACUCACUCACUGUUGCCCUGGAAGGCUGGCUGGACCGCCGCACCGCCUCUCUGUCAGCAGCCUAUGCCCAGGGUGGAGUGGAAUUCUAUGAGAAGAUCCUGUCAGGCAACCUAGCCCUCCGAAGCCUUUUGGGCCCACAAGGGGAGAAGCUGUACACACCAAGUGGAAACAUUGUCCCCGGACACUGGUUCCGCAUCAAACAUUUACCCUACACUACCCGCCGGGACUCUCUACUACAGAUGUGGAGGGGGACGCUCAACCCAGGGCGCUCCUGAGACGCCAGUCAACAGGGCGCUCCUGGCUCACAUAGGCACCACCCUGUGAUGAAUUCUGGGGGAAACUUUGGAUAUGGCUGCAUCCACAGCCCGAGGUCAGAACAGUGACCAUCUUUGGAGUUAAACAGCUCAAGUCUGUCCUGUCAUGAAUGAACUUGGUGACUGUGGGUGAGUGCCUAAAUGAAUCUGAGUCUCGUUUACCUCAGCUACGAAGUGGGAAGGAUUGAUUACAGGGUCGAAUGAGAUUGGGAGCCUGAGGGCCUGGUAGAGAGCAACAUAAAUAAACAGGGUGUUCGUUCUUCUUGGUCUCUGAAUCCCAGUGGGCUGUGGAUGUCAGCCUGAGUCAGCACCAGACACGUUUCUGGUCCAUCAACCCUCUCCUACAGUGGAGAACCACCCCGAUCCUGAUGUCAAAUAGCUAACUUAGACCUAGACCUUAAUCCCUCAGCAGUGCGGGAUGAGGAGAGCUGUGGCCAGAGAACCAGGCCUCAGCUGGCCAUUUGUGUUGUCUUCUCAUUGGAGAUUACAUCUUCCCUGGGUCGGUCAGUCUUGAAGGAUGUCGGCCUGGGACCCGUGUAACGCAGGGGAAAGGGGUUAGGCCACACCGAGGGAAAGGCACUCUGUGGCAUCUGGUUAUUCCUGGUAGAACACGAAAGGAGGGUGAACCAGGCCAGGCUGGAGAGUGACAGCAUGGGAUACCAGUGGCUUCUGCUCAGACUUUGCGUGUGGUCUGGAGUGCAGUGUGGUGCCAGCUGUAGGCCCUUCCCCUGGGCAUGGCAGGCUGAGCGUGUGUGGACAAGGGACUUCACAUCUCACAGGUCCCUAGCACCCAGGACAGCAUACAAUAUGGGCCUGAUAAUGGAUAGUGCUCUAGUUUCCUUUUCUGUGACUGUGGUAAAAAUACUCUGACCAAAAGCAACUCCAGGAGAGUUGGCUUACACUUCCAAGUCAUGAUCCAUCCUUGAGGGAAGUCAGAGCAGGAGCCACAGAGGAGCACUGCCUGCUGGUUCACUCUGACUCCCAGGCUUAUGCACAGCUAGCUUUUUUAUACAGCCCAAGGCUGCCUGCCGAUGGAAGGGACCGUCCACAAUGGGCUGGCCUUCUCAUCACUUAACAGUUGAGAUGAUCCCGCAGGGACACACCCAGAGACCAGUGUGACCUAGGCAGCUCCUCAGUUGAGGCUUUCCCUUCUCAGGACUCUAGGCUGUUGACAGCUAACCAGGACAGAUGGACAGUUCCUGGAUGAAUGACUCUCCAUCCUGCUAACUCCACAGGUUCCCCGGGGCUUCUCUCAGUCGCUGCUCUUGCUGUAUCCUAAGGGCCAAAAGGCCACGUCAGAAACCUAAUUCUUAGGUGGAGAAGUCUGGACACCAUGGGCUCCAUCUUCUCCACACUCUCCAGUCCCACACCAUCUACUUUCAAUCUUGCCAGGAACCAAGAUGGUGGCGGCAGGCCUCUGCCGAUUUGCUCAAAUCCUGGGGUUUAAAUGGGCUUCAGUCCCAUUGUGGCAGUGUUGAAAGGGGUGAAACCCGAGAGGCAGGGCCCAGUGGGCGGUGAUUAGGUCAUUUGGGGCGUCAUCUUCAGGAAGGAUUCAUUCUGGUCUUGCACGGUGAGCUUUGCCGGGCAUAAGUAACUGGCUUUGGUUUGCUUUAAGAUUUGAGAUGAGGUCUCAGUGUUGCCCAGGGUGGUCUUGAACUCAUGGGUUCAAGUGGUCUUGGCACCUCAGCCUCCUGGGUAGCCAGCACUGCUGGUGUACCACCACACACCCAGCACAGACUGCUGCAUACCUGUAAUCCCAGGUUUGGGCAGGAGGAUUACUAGUUUGAGGCCAAGCUGUGCUACAUAGUGAAACCCUGUCUCAGGAUAGCAGAAACCUGGGCAUGGUGGCUCACAUCUGUGAUCCCCAACGCUUGGGAGGUUGAGGCAGAGGGGUUAGAGGCUAGCAUGGGUUAUAUAGUAAUAAGUUCCAGGCAAGACUGAGCCAGGCUGAGACUCUGUCUCAAAGGACAAGACUAGGUCUUCCCCCCGGCUUCCUGUGUGCCCUCUUCUGAGACACCUUCCAUGAGGUCCCACCAGAGAUGAGCAGAAGCAGGUGAUGUUUUCCUGAACCUCCAGAGUGAUGAGCUAAAUAAACCACCUUUAAAAAAUA